AUGUCUGAGCCAGCGACGAUCGCGCCAUACGGGAAAUGGGACAGCCCCAUUAAAGCAGAGCAUCUCUCUAGUGCUAGCGUCCACCUUGAAGGAAUCGAAGUCGACAGGAAGUCAUCCACCGGCCAAAUUUUCGUCCUUGAGUCACGUCCAGCAGAAGGCGGCAGAUUUGCUAUUGUGGAGUUGACCAAUGGAGCUGCCAGAGAUGUCCUACCGGCAGGCUACAAUGUCAUGGGCACAAUCCAUGAGUAUGGCGGUGGUUCCUUUGGGAUACAUGUCAAUGGCCGUUUGCUCUUUACCAACCAUCCGGACAACGGCAUCUUUUUGCUAGAUCCUGCGUCUGGAAGUGUGGAAACGAUUAUCGCCCCUGAUGGAUCUGUACGCUUUGGCAAUUUCUCUGUUCAUCCGACUGCUGUCGAAUGGAUUCUUGCUGUGCAGGAGACUCACCUUGAAGGUUCACCGGGGAAAGCAAUUGUUAAAAAUGCGAUAGUCGCUAUACAUAUUACCACAGCCAAAGUAUACUAUAUUUCGGAGGGAGCUGACUUCUACCAACACCCUCAAUUUAGUCCGGAUGGGAACAAAGUCUGUUGGACACAGUGGGACCAUCCCGACAUGCCUUGGUCCGGAACGCUCCUAUAUGUAGCUGAUUGGGAAGCCGGGAAGGUCUUGAAUCAUACUUUAGUUUCAGGAAAAGCUGGUGCUGAGAGUAUCUGUCAGCCAAGAUGGGGCAUGGAUGGCUCACUAUUAUAUGUUAGCGACAAAACUGGAUACUGGCAAUUGCAUCGGUAUGAUGGUGAAUCAUCAAAACUUAUUCAUCUUGAUGGGCUGGAGACAGCAGAGUUUGGCAGUCGAGAACCCUGCCUUGGAAAUUGCACCUACAUCCAGCUGGACGGCAACACUCUGGUUGCAUCUGUCAAUCACCGCGCGACAUCCAAUCUGGUCGUGAUUUAUCUAGACACCAGUACUUGGAAGGAUUUAUCCUUGCCUAUUGUCGAUAUUCAAAAGGAUGCCCUCGCACGAGUUUCGGCAUCAGCUUUUGCCGUGAUAGGCAGCACGCGUUCCACCCCUCAGGCGCUUUACCGCGUCGACAUAGGCAAGGUUGUAUCUAUGAAACUACUUAGACCAACCGUAGAACUUGAUAUACCCGAAACUAUUAUUUCGCAGGCGCAACAUAUCACCUUUCCACGAGUAUACGGAAAAAGCGAUGCCAACUCUCCCAAUGCAUACGGCUGGUUCCUUGGACCAAAGAAUGUUGAUUUCAAAGGACCGGAAGAUACCAAACCGCCUCUGCUGGUUUGGAUGCAUGGGGGCCCGACAUAUCACGUCCCUCCGGGUCUCUCGCUUAGCAGCCAGUACUGGACAUCGCGAGGCUAUGCUUAUGUUGUUGUCAAUCACGUCGGAUCUACUGGAUACGGGCGGGCGUACCGCGAACUUCUAGAUGGCGAAUGGGGCUCUGCCGAUGUUGCAGACGCCGCAAGCUGCGUUGCAUAUCUCGCUUCGGAAGGGCUCAUUGAUCCUACAAAGGUUGGGAUUGUUGGCGAGAGUGCGGGUGGCUACGCUGUCAUGCAGGCCCUCUACAUGUAUCCCGAUAUCUGGGCCGCUGGAAUAAGUAUAUACGGAAUCAGCAGUCUGUCUGGGUUUGCGGAGACGACGCAUAAAUUCGAAAGCCAUUAUAUCGACUCUCUUGUCAUAGGAAAGGGAACUAAGAGCGAAGAAAAAAUAGCAGCUCUGUAUAAGAGUAGAAGUGCUGUGUAUCACGUGGAGAAAAUCAAGGCACCAUUGUUACUCCUCCAGGGAGACGUUGAUACAAUCGUACCAGCAAUCCAGGCUACGCUUAUGGAAGAAAAGAUGCGUGAGCUCGGGAAAGUGGUUGAAGUAGUUAUGUUCGAGGGAGAAGGGCAUGGAUUCCAUAUGGAAAAGACGAUCAAAGCUUCACUCCAGCUUCAGGCUGAUUUUUGGGCAGCGAAGCUUAUUUAG